AUGUCAAAUAGAGACACCAUUCUGGAACCUCUUCUUCAUGUCCUUGAUCCCAUUUCAUUGAUCCUUAAUCAUAAUUCAAAUUCCGACCAACCCUGUCCUCUUAGGUUCACCUCUAUAGAAGAUAGCUUCAUUAUGGAGAGAGGACCCAAUUAUAAUGCCUAUGCUGAAUUUAGGGAAAAGAGGUUGCGUUUAAGGUGUUUGAUGGAAGUUCAAGAAGAGAAUUUGGAGAUUGAAGUUGAACCAGCAAAAGUUGCUACUACAAUAACGAAACAGGUUAGGUUUCAAGAAGAAAAUUUUGAGAUUGAAUCACAAAAACUUGUAGCCCCAACAAGGAAAAAUGUUAAGUUUCACAGUGGAUUAGCUUAUGGGAGAAGAGGGUCUCUUGAAAAAGAAGUAAAAUUUGAGAUUGAACAACCGAAACUUGUAGCCCCAACAAGGAAAGAGGUUAAGUUUCAAGGUGGAGUAGCUAGUGAGGGGAGAAAAGGGUCUUAUGCUGUUGCUCAAUCUGUGCCUGAUUUCUCUGCAGUAUUGAGGAAAGAAAAUAGGAAACCGUCGAAUUUUCUGCCGUCAGUGAUGGAGACGAAGACACCGCCUUCUUCCAAGAGUAGUUUCUAUAAGGAUAAUAACAUGGCGGGAUCAAGUUCAAGAGGAAGUAAGACAGAGAGUGCAAAGGAGAAGAAGAAAACGAUUGGCGGUGGCGGCGGUGUUUUGAUGGCAAGGAAGAGUUAUGCUAGCUUGGAUGAGCUUAAGAGUUUGUCUUCUGCUACUGCCAUUGCCAUCAAUGGUGAAGGUAGAGGAGGAAGGAAUGGUAGAGUUUCGAGGAAGACAGUUUCUUCGUUUCACAAACAGUUUUGA